CUGGUUCAGAUCCGAGGUGAAGCUGCUCUGGCUCCGCCUUCAAGCCAGACGUCCUUAAAACCAACUGGGCUUGGAAAGCGCUGGCAUUAAGCUGUUCAACCGGCCGACCUUUCAACUCGUUUGUCUUCUCCGCUCGGUUCUGCUCCAACUCAAACUCCAUCAUGGUGUCAAUGGGACGACAGAUGCUGGGUUUCGUCCUGGCCGUCAUCGGCUCCAUCGGGACCAUCGUCACCUGCGCCCUGCCCAUGUGGAAGGUCACGGCCUUCAUCGGCGCCAACAUCGUGACGGCGCAGAUCAUCUGGGAAGGCUUGUGGAUGAACUGCGUGAUGCAGAGCACCGGCCAGAUGCAGUGCAAGAUCUACGACUCGCUGCUGGCGCUGCCGCAGGACCUGCAGGCCGCCCGGGCGCUGGUGGUCGUCGCCAUCAUCGUCUCCGCCAUGGGAAUCAUCCUGGGCGUCGCCGGAGGGAAGUGCACCAACUUCGUUGAGGAGCCACGCGCCAAAGUCAGGGUGGCCAUCGCGUCCGGGGUGAUGUUCAUCUGCGCUGGGGUUCUGGUGUUGGUCCCCGUGUGCUGGUCCGCCAACACCAUCAUCAGGGACUUCUACAACCCGAUCAUGACCAACGCCCAGCGGCGGGAGCUGGGCGCCGCGCUCUACAUCGGCUGGGCCACGGCGGCGCUGCUCAUCCUGGGAGGGGCGCUGCUGUGCAGCUCCUGUCCUCCCAAAUACGAGGCCCCAGAGUAUCCCAUGAGGUACAGCCAGGGACCCAUGAAGUACAGCCAGGGACCCACAUCCGUCGCCAAAUCUAUGGCCAGAUCCGUAGCCAGCAGCCGGGCGUACGUCUGAAAGCUGAGAAAAACUGUAAAUUAUUGACAUUUGGAAGCAAAAUACCUUCCAUGUGUCUCUCUGAAAGAAUGAUUCAGAGAGGCUGGAUUCUUGAAAGAAAUCUGGGAAUCCUUAGCUGAAGACCUUCUUAAAGAAGAAAGAUGUGGUUGUGAGUUACAGUCCUAGAAGAGCGUUGUGAUCUCUGAAUGUGAAGUCUGAACUGGUUUAUGACCAUUAAGACUAACGAUUGACUUUGUGCAAGAGACCAGUGAUACAUUGUGAAUUUAUUGUAUAGUAUUCUAUCUAUUUUAAACGUUUCCAUUGGGGUUUUUUGUAAUAAUCACUUAUUGAAUUGUGUUUUUCAACCUUAUACCUUUGUAAUAAAAUGUGGUUAUCGUAUUA